AUGGCGGCCUUCAUUUCGGUCCCCCUGAAGAAGUCGUCCGAGGUUGAUCUAGUGAAGCCCUUGUCCAAGUACAUCGCGCACACAUACGCGCCGGGCGAGGAGCGGACGCAGCACCUCCGAGCCGUGGAGGAGUUGGAUGGGCUCCGGAUCAGCGCGGUCUGCCGGCAGCUGGACAAGCGGGAGGGCUCGCUGGAGGUGCUCUACAGGUACUAUGAUCAGCUGUGCGCCAUUGAGGCAAAGUUCCCUUUCUCUGAAAACCAGCUCUGCCUGACAUUUACUUGGAAAGAUGCCUUUGAUAAAGGAUCGUUAUUUAGCGGCUCUGCUAAGCUGGCCUUGCCCAGCCUGGGCUAUGAGAAGACUUGUGUGAUGUUCAACAUUGGGGCGCUGGCUAGUCAGAUCGCCACCGAGCAGCGCCUGGACUCCGACGAAGGCCUGAAGACUGCCGCCAAAUUCUACCAGCUGGCCGCCGGUGCUUUCGCCCACAUCAAGGACACUGUUCUGUCCUCACUGAACUGCGAGCCCACAGUGGACAUUUCCCCUGACAGUGCCAGUGCGCUCAGCCAGAUCAUGUUGGCCCAGGCACAGGAGGUCUUCGUCCUCAAGGCCACCUUAGAUAAGAUGAGAGACGCCAUCGUUGCCAAGCUGGCCACUCAGGCUGCAGACUUCUAUGCAGAUGCCUCCAAGCAUUCCCAGCACAAAGACGGUCUGAUGAAGUAUUUCUACUUCCAGGAAGUUCUGCCGGUGCUAGCGGCCAAACAGUAUGUGAUGCAGGCCACAGCUCAGUACCGACAGGCCACGGUAGCCAAACAGCAAAAGAAGUUUGGGGAGGAGAUUGCCAGGCUGCAACAUGCAACAGAGCUGCUGAAAACAGUCACGUCUCGCUAUGACGAGUACGUCAAUGUGCGGGAGCUCUCAGACAAGACUGCGCGUGCUCUCACUCCAGCCAAGAAAGACAAUGACUUCAUCUAUCACGAGCGAGUGCCUGAGGUUCGGGACCUGGAACGUAUCGGAAAGGCCGCCAUGGUGAAGCCCACUGCCAUCCAGGUGCCCCUCAGUCAGAAGUUCAGUGACCUGUUUGAGAAGAUGGUGCCAAUGGCAGUGCAGCAGGCCCUGGCAGCUUCGAACCAGAGGAAGGCUGCUCUGGUCAACCAGGUGGUGGGCACCAUGCGGGAGUCUACUGGCCUGCUCAACGGAAUUCUGGCCUCCCUCAACCUGCCUGCUGCCCUGGAGGACUUGUCAGGGAAUUCCGUGCCCCAGUCCAUCCUGGAGAAGUCCGGUGCUGUCAUCCAGCGGGGGGGGAUACAGAGCAUUGAGAAGCUCAUCAAGGACCUGCCCGAGCUGGUGCAGAGGAACCGGGAAAUUUUGGACGAGUCACUGAAAAUGCUGGAUAACGAAGAAACGACGGACAAUGAGCUCAGAGCCAAGUUUGGCCAGAGAUGGCAACGGUUGCCCUCAUGUGAUCUUUACAAGUCCCUUAGAACAGAGGGGGCUGGUUUCCGUGGUGCCCUGGACAAGGCAGCGGAUGCGGACCAGGUUGUGCGUGAUCGUUAUAAUGCCCACUGCGAGGCUAUCGCCCUGCUCUGCAAGCCAGAGGCAGAGCUCACUGCUGCCAUACCCUCUGCCAACCCGGUUCAUAGCCUGCAGGGAAGUGAGGUUGUUGGAGUCCUCCGGACACAGCUGGCCCAAUUAGAUCAGGUGAAGAAGGAACGUCAGCAGCUGGAGAAUGAUAUCAAGUCUGUGCACUUCGACAUGACCAGCAAGUUCCUCAGCGCCCUGGCCCGCGAUGGCACCAUUGACGAGGAGCCCCUAUCGGUCACCGAGCUGGACAACGCUUAUGGCAGCUACACCCAUAAGAUGCAGCAGGGCCUGAAGACCCAGGAGGAGGUGCUGGCCAAAGUGCAGAAGUCCCACCAGGAGUUUUCUGCCUUGAAGCAGUCCAACCAGCAGGCCCAGCAGAGGGAAGAGGUCUUAAAGAAGCUGGCCUCAGCCCAUGACACCUACAUGGAGAUCUCCAGCAAUGUGCAGGAGGGUACCAAGUUCUACAACGGUUUAACCGAGAUGCUGCUGAAGUUCCAGAACAAGUGCAGUGACAUUGUGUUUGCACGCAAAACGGAGCGCGACGAACACCUUAAGGACCUCCAGCAUAGCAUCGCCCACGAAUCCAGUGCUCCUGCCCUCUCUAGCAUCUCGACACCUCAGUCCACCUCCAGCACUCCAGCGUCCACCAUGCCCCCUGCCCCCACCCCAGCUCCCCGGACCAUGUUCGCGGUGACCAAAGCCCAGCCCCCAGCACGGCCUCCACCUCCAACUUUCUCCAAAGCCCCCACCACUGCGACCCCCACCUCUACAGAGUCCACCCCUGUCCCCACUGUCCCCACAGUCCCUGCCCCCACCAGCACCUCCAGUGCCACCCUGCCAGCAGCGAGCACCACGCCGGCACAGGUUCAGGGGCCUCCUUACCCCACAUACCAGGGUUACCCUGGGUUCUACCCAAUGUCCAUGUCCUACAAUCCCUACAGCUUUGGGCAGUUCACCAUGCCCUACAUGCCCUUCCAGGGGGUGGGGCAGCUGGGCUUCCCCAGCUCUGCUCCACUCCCACAGCAGCAGCAGCAACCGCAAGGCUACACCCAGCCGCAACAACCUCACUACCCUUAGGGGGGGUGCCAUAAUCUCAGCUUCAGGUGUUCUUGGUUCACUCUUCACUUCUGGUCCUGGGAGGCGCUUUAGUCCUGCAGAUUUCCCAGCCUUGACUGAGACUGGAGAACUGGAGCUUAUAAGGUCUGUGAUGAGAACGUGGCUAGAAUCGAGCCGGCGGGAGUUAAAGAUCUCGAUUUAUGCUUCCCAGAACCAGAACUGACUGUCCCUCCUCUAAGUGCGCCCCCCCCCCCCCACUCCUCUCCUGACGAUUUUGAAUGUUCUGGUUGACACUGCACACCCCAAAUAAAGGACUAAAUCUGGUACAUAUGGAUUAUCUACAUGCCUGAUGACAGGCUAAGCUGCAGUGGCCAGCUGGUCACUCUCGCUUCCUCUAUAUGUAACGGUGAUUAUAAACACUCAUACUGAAGAAGUUCUGUGCAAUUAAACUUAAGGGGCGUCAGACCCCGCACACGGCAAUACUGCUGUCCAGCACUGAGCUAUUAUAUAGACUGGAUAUAUAUUUACGGUAAAUGUUUUGGGUGAUACAGCUGUGGAAAUAUAAACAGUAAAUUAUACAUAUAUGUAAAACAGGGAACUAUACUGUGUUUGAAUAUAAUCUGUUUAACAGAUUUUGUCAACUUUUUCCCUCCCUUUCCUGUUACAACAUUCUUGCAACAUUCCACAAAGUGUUGUCAUUGAGUGUAUCAUUACUUUUACUUGUACUCAAGCAAUCAUAAUAUGAGCUUUUUACUUCUGGGUCAGUGUUAGUAGCUUAAGCUGGCUGCUCGUUAUUAGAGGAGGAGGGAGUGAAAUAGCUUCCCAUUUUGACCUGCACAAUUAGGCUUAUCUCAGGUCCUGAAGAAUCGCAGUGGGAAUUCAGCGUUCCUGAGCUGUGGCUUUACCAUGCGUGCCGCGAUAGCACGGAAGUGCGAAUGUGACUUCAGAGUUCCAUGAACUCCCAGCACUUCUCAACCGUGUUACCGCCACUCUUAUAACAUGCUAAUUAAGCACGUAGCCUGUGGUGGUAGCAGAGUAAGAUAUCAUGUUUGCUGAAAGGAGCUGCGAGCAUGUUGGUCCCUGAAGGAAGCACGUCUUUCUGCACUGCUGAGUUCUUGUCUGAGGAAUGGGCCUGCUCUGUAUUCUGAAAGCAAGCAGUCGAACAGCACGACAGGCGAAAGCGGAUCAGGUAUGCGUAGUCUUACAGCCUUAGAUCCAGAAACAUCUGGGGGGGGUGUAUGUUCCUCACGUAUGCCCACAGCGCCCGCAAUGCCCACGCUUGUGCGUGAAACCUGAAAGGGCUAAAACUAGAGGUUCAACACGCUUUCCCCUCGCCGACAAUGAUGCAGAUAUCGGUUUCGGGUCUUUGGCUCUCUGUCAGUGUAGAUUUGCCCUGAUUUGAUUCGCUGUGUCUGGUCUGCUGAAGAAGAGGAUCUAUUAAAUCCUCUGAGAAUUAUUAAAGUGAUUGCGCAAAGGUUUGCGAUGUAUAUUAUCUGUGGCGUUACGAUAUCACUGCUAAGAUCUGCCCUGAUAAUUACAAACUAUGGAAGAAA